UUUUAGGAAGUACGAUGCCGCUCAAGAGUGAUUUCUUCAUAGUUUACUUCUUUGGACUGGCCACAAUGGGUCUGGUGGUAGGCGUGGCCUGCCUGAUGAUUCCCAGAUUGUGGCUGCUCCUGGCGAGUGUGUACAGGAUUUGCGUGGAGUACACUCCCAUCAUUUAUCCAAGUGAGGAUCGCCUGUCACCCGUUUCGAAAAGACGACUGAGUCUGGUGGGCAGGAAGACACUUGUCCUGGACAUGGAUGAGACCAUGAUCACGUCCUGGCUGAAGAAGAGUGGCAAAAAACCAAGGAACAAGCCGAGAGUUGCGCAUGACUUUAAGUUCUACUUGCCGGCCUAUGAAGCCACAAUCUACGUCUACAAGCGCCCCUACCUGGAUCACUUCCUCGAUCGCGUGUCCAAGUGGUACGACCUGACUGUCUUCACAGCCGGAGCCGAGCUAUACGCCUCUCCGAUUCUGGACUUCCUGGACAGGGGACGUGGCAUCCUGAACAGUCGCCUUUACCGACAGGAUUGCAUAGAAAUGUAUGGAACGCGGGCCAAGUGCGUAUUGCUGGCUUCCCCGGAUUUGUGCAACGUCCUGCUGCUGGACAACUCCAGCACGGAGUGCAGUUUCAAUGCGGGAAACGCCAUUCUCAUCAAGUCCUAUGAAAUCGGCAGUCGCGAUGAGGCCCUCAUCAAUUUGCUGCCCUUUCUGGACGCCCUGCGAUUUAUGAAGGAUGUGCGAUCGGUGCUCAAACACUGCACACGCUUCGAGUUUUUCAGCACAAUCCUCGAAAGUGUUGCUCAGUGA